AUGAUGCAAAUAUCAAUGAAAAAGAUAAUGAUGGAAAAAAAUUCUCUUCAUUAUGCAGCAGAAAAUAAUUGUAAAGAAAUAUCUGAACUUCUUAUUUCACAUGGUGUAAAUAUCAAUGAAAAAGAUGAAGAUGGAAAAAAUUCUCUUCAUUAUGCAGCAGAAAAUAAUUGUAAAGAAAUAUCUGAACUUCUUAUUUCACAUGGUGCAAAUAUCAAUGAAAAAGAUAAUGAUGGAAAAUAUUCUCUUCAUUAUGCAGCAGAAAAUAAUUGUAAAGAAAUAGUCGAAUUUCUUAUUUCACAUGGUGUAAAUAUCAAUGAAAAAGAUGAAGAUAGAAAAACUGCUCUUCAUUAUGCAGCAGAAAAUAAUUGUAAAGAAAUAUCUGAACUUCUUAUUUCACAUGGUGUAAAUAUCAAUGAAAAAGAUGAAGAUAGAAAAACUGCUCUUCAUUAUGCAGCAGAAAAUAAUUGUAAAGAAAUAUCUGAACUUCUUAUUUCACAUGGUGUAAAUAUCAAUGAAAAAGAUAAUGAUGGAAAAUAUUCUCUUCAUUAUGCAGCAGAAAAUAAUUGUAAAGAAAUAGUCGAAUUUCUUAUUUCACAUGGUGUAAAUAUCAAUGAAAAAGAUGAAGAUAGAAAAACUGCUCUUCAUUAUGCAGCAGAAAAUAAUUGUAAAGAAAUAGUCGAACUUCUUAUUUCACAUGGUGUAAAUAUCAAUGAAAAAGAUGAAGAUAGAAAAAAUUCUCUUCAUUAUGCAGCAGUAAAUAAUUGUAAAGAAAUAAUCGAAUUUCUUAUUUCACAUGAUGCAAAUAUCAAUGAAAAAGAUAAUGAUGGAAAAACUGCUCUUCAUUAUGCAGCAGAAAAUAAUUGUAAAGAAAUAUCUGAAAUUUUUAUUUCGCAUGCGAAAGAUAUAUAUAAAAAUAGGAAAUUACGCUCUUCAUCUUGCAAAAAUUAA